AUGGCUGCUGCCGCCACGGCCACCGGCACCAAUGCCGCUUUCAGACAGAGAUACGCCGCGGUUGACAUGUCGCCAGCCGUCGAGGGCGCCGGUAUCGUUCCGCGCUUCUUCAUCGACGCACCGAGGCUCGCUGUCCGCGAUGGUGGGAUAUGUAACCCGAACUAUCAUUCCUGCGUCGACGUAGGCCACCCGGAAACCUGCUGCGCAAACACAAACUACUGCUACGUCAAACCCGACAAUUCACCAUGGUGCUGCCCCCUCGGCUCCCUCUGCGACUCAAACUGCCCCGCGACAGCCUACCAAUGCCCAACGACGAUAACCGUAACCGCCACCGUCUCGCGGCCAUCAACCGCCAACACGGCAUCCGGCUCCGCCGUCCUCACAACCUCCCUCUCAACAUCCUCAGCCUGCUGCGGCCGCACCUGCCCCUCCCCCUCCGCCUUCCGCUGCGAAUCCCAAUUCGGCGGCGGCUGCUGCUCCUACGGCCAAACAUGCGUCUCCGGAGGGCGCUGCAUAAGCACGCUCUCCGCCACGCCCACAUCUUCUGCCACGGGGGGGCUGAAGCCCGCUGAUCCGGCCUGUACGGCCACCACGCAGCACGCGUGCGACGAUGGGGCGGCGGGGUGCUGCGAUAACCUCAUGCACUGCACCGUCGUCAGCGGGACGGCGGGGUGCGCGGCGGGGAAUCCCACGGCGACGGGGGACGUGGGGUAUACCACCGUUCCCGAAGGCGGCACAGGAGGGGGGUUGUCUACUGGGGCAAAGGCUGGGAUCGGGGUUGGUGUUGCUGUUGUCGGGUGUGCUCUCGCCGGCGCGCUUGCUUGGUUUUGUUUUGUGAGGAGACGGCGUAGGGGGACUGUGACGGGAACAGCGACGAUGUCUGAGCGUAGCGGCGGCGGGCGGAGCAGAGGAACGGGAGCAGGAAGAGGAGGAGCAGGGGUUUCUGGCGUCGGGAGCGAGAGGCCAAGUCGCGGGGUACGCGCUUUAUCGGACGUCACGUCCGGGUCUCGACCGAACGGGCCCAGUCGCGGCGCGACGCAGGAUUACUUUGGUCCGGAUGCCGUUGCGGGGCCGUAUACCGAGACAGGAGAAGUCGAUAUGACCGCGGCUGAUGGUUCGGGAAUCGGGACCGGAGCCGGAGUCGGGGCGGGGAGGGUGGGCACACCCGGUCGAGGACGGGGCGUGCCGCUUCAAGCGCAUUCGCCCAACGACGUUGUCGCCCCUGUGGAGAUUGGGGACUCUGGUGGGAAGAGGGGCUACGGGUACGGCUACGUUCACGGAUACGGCCACAGCGUGACUUCCGUGCCGGAGGAAGGACGCGAGGGGGGUCCGCAGGAGAUGCAGACGCCGGGGUCCGAAGAGGAGACGACGCAGGGGCGGUACGAGUUGUACGGGUCCGAGAUGGCUUCGCCCGUGUCCGUCGGGGCGCCGCCCUCGUCGAUUGUGCCGACGCCGUCGAUGAUGACGCCGCGGAGUAUCGCGAGCGUGAGCAUGUUUGAUCGGUCACCGGGUCCCGCUCCCUCCGAGAGGGAGAGGGAGAGAUAG